GAAGAAUGCAGUUCUCAUGCCCUGUUCCUCUCCUAUCCCACCCAAUCUCAUUCCCCUUAAUUUUCAGCACCAACCACAAAAAAUGAACUCUAUUUCCUAGCUAACGUCUACUAGCGUACGCAUAUAUACUCUGCUACGUCAGGGUUCGGUUCGUUAGAAGCCAUGGCCGGAAUGCUCCCCGGCGUUGAGAGCGCCCGCCGCCGGAGAUUUCACCAGGGCGGCUCGAUGAAUUCGGCCUCCGGGUCGAGACGGCCCUCGUUCUGUCUUUACACGACCGGAGUCGAGCCUCACCUGAACGCUAGCUCAGUUGCAAGGAGCGGCGUUAGUAAAGGAUUUCACGGUGGAGAGCUUGGGGAGGUGGCUCGAGGGGCGAAGGAGAGGUUGGACGGGAGAUUGAGGAAUCAACUGAGAUCUACAGAGAUCAAGAGGCACAAUAGCGCAGGAGGCGGAGAUAGUAGCAAUGGAUUAAGAUCAACUAUGAUGCUCGGCAACAUCCAAAGAGAAGUGUUUUCCCUAAAGAAAAGCGCGAGGAAGUUCAGUUGGAGCAAGCUAGGAUGGAAAUCCUCAGAACAAAGCGAAUGCGCCGUCUGCCUAGAGAACUUCAAGACCGGUGAUAUCCUGGUUCAUCUUCCGUGCGCGCAUCACUUCCAUUGGAACUGCGCGAUGCCGUGGCUUGAGAGUAAUUCUCAGUGUCCUUGUUGCAGAAUGUCGAUAUAUUCUCAGGUGAAUUAGAAUUAAGAGUGUUAAUAAUAUAAAUGAUCUUCGAAAAUUAUAUCAUAUAAGGUGAUGUUGCUGCAGAGGUUUGCAUUUGUCAUGAAAGGACUCAAAUGAUUGGUUAUCUAAUCUAUGUCGUAAAUUGGUGAAUUUUGCAAUGAUUUUGGGUGUAGUA